GGCCCUCCACGGGAUCUCCGCUGUUUUCAAGCUUUCUUCCCUCCCUUCCCUCCAUAAAACAACAAUCUGUCAUAUUCGAUGAACCUUUGAUCGGCAUCCCUGUGAUCUACUUAGUACCGAUUGUCUGGCUCACUUCUGGCUUUCUACACCUGGCCUCUGUAAAUCAAUGGCGCAGAUCCCAACUCCUCCGGCUUCCCGCCAUGGUUCGCCUUCGCCGGAGCAUAACCCCAAGAAAUCUGAGAUCGAACAGCAAACCAUCCGACUGCAGACGCUGGAUGAGCUAUUGGAGCGGUACCUUCAUCUCCUAGAUGAGCACCAAAAGUUGCAAGCUGACCUGGGUUCGCGGCUGUCCUCGGGAUUCAUCUCCCUUGCGCAGGCCAACUUUACCAGUUCGCCUGGGAGACGAUACGGAGCGGAUUACUAUGAUGAACGCAUGAAGGCGACACGAAGAGUAAGACUAUCUGACACCGCCUUCGACUCGCCCUCGGAAGGUAAAACGACAGAUCAGGAAGAAGUGUCUUCAGUGGAAAACAAUUUCUCAGAUAGCAGGUUUCAGCAUACCUUUGCAAUCGACUCGGUAACAGUUCACCAGCCGGAGGAAGAGUCCCAGACGGACGACCAAAGUGAAUCUUCCUCGACAGAUGACGCUGCAAAGGCAGGGGACGAAGAGACUGAAAAAUUCGAGGAGUACAGUGACCAAACUGCUGACUCCAUGACCGCGUCGGAUUCAGAGACUUUCCAAGCCGAAGCGAGACCGAAUACGAAGUCCACAAAAGCAAAGCCACGUUUUCGCUCGUCGGACCCGAUUAACUGGUACGGAAUCUUAGUGCCCCUUUCUUUGCGCAGCGCCCAGAAGACUUUCACCGAAGCUGUCGAGGGUCAGGUGGUAAAGUUGGCCAAUGUUGUUGGUGAGAUGCGCACGGUGGAGAAGCAGAUCAAGCAGGUAAGAAGUGCGAUAGGCCAAGAACAGGUGCACAGGGCUUAGUAGACACAAUGGGAGCUAUGGACAGCUUCUUAAUGAGCUCUAGAAGACCUCAGCUCCACCUUCAAUUUAUUGCUGAAUUGUCAAGGCAUUAUCGGAUCUCCCCCGGUGGUCAGUUUUGUAGACCCGGUCUAUUUUUGUAAAGACGUGGAUGGAGUCUAUGGAGUCGACUAUUGACCCAAAAUGAUGGCAGUGCAGCCUUUGACAAGAUGCUAGAGCAAUUGAG